GGACCAUGGCGUCCAACCUGGCCGAGGACCUGCUGUGCCCGAUCUGCCUCUCCAUCUUCCAGGAGCCCCACCUGCUGGGCUGCGGCCACAUCUUUUGCCUGUCGUGCAUCAAAAGCUGCGUCCCCGCCGGCCAGGACGCGGGGAGCUGCCCGGAGUGCCGCCGCCCCUUCGGGCUGCAGGAGCUGGUAUCCAACCGAGCGCUGGGCAACGUGGCCCAGAAAGCCCGCCUCCUGAAGCUCGACGGCGAGCCGCUGCCGUCAGCCGCCCGCGACUUCUGCGAGGAGCACGAGGAGCCGCUCAAGCUCUUCUGUCGCCAAGAUCGCGUCCCCAUCUGCAGGAUCUGCCGGGAUCUGCCCUGCCACCUGGGCCACAAGUUCCUGCCGAUCAAAAAUGCUGUGAGAUACGCGCAGUGGAGAUUGAAUUCAAUUCUUAGAAAUCUGGAGAAUUUACUAAAGACCACUGGUGACGCCGAAUCUUUUCAGCUAGAAGAAAUAUCAGAGAUGGAGAAUUGCACUAAAGGCACCUUGAGUCACAUUUCCAGAGAGUUUGAGGCUCUCCACCAGAUCUUGCAUGAGAAGGAAGAAAGUUUUAAGAAGAGAGUCCAGGAGAUAAGCAAGAAGAACCUGCAGGAUAUGCAGAAUGCCAUAACAUCUCUGAAAGACGAAUCAUCUUCGUAUACAGAUAUGAUUGCCAGGAUUAAAGCAGCAUUAGAAACCACAAACCAUGUGGCCUUCCUGAAGGGCUUCAAGCAAGUGAUGGACAAAACUGCGGUGGGCAAGGACGAGGGAGACAAUGGUGAAGAAGAGGUUGGAAUCGAGGAAGAAUGUGACAACAAUGAAUGUGAGAACAAAGGCAUGGAAGAUAAUUCUGGUUCGUCCUGUGGCAUUGUGAUGUCAGCAGCUGUAGCCCUCGAGGAAUUUGAGGCCUCGCUGGAUUUUGAUGCAUGGAAGAGAAUCAAUGAGCUAGAGCUUUUCUUGGAUGCAGCAGAGCACACUAUCUGCACCAAGGAGGAGACAGAGGACAUCCCAGAGGAGGAGGUCAGUUCCCCAACACAGCAGCUAAAUGUAUGGAGGAACGUGACUCAUACAAGUAGAAGGCCCAGGGAUCGCUCGGAGUGUUUAGAACUACAGGAUCGAUUUGAGGUGCUCUCCCUUAACAUGGAAGACGAGGAACAGACUCCAUUUGAAGAUCUCUCCCUCAUCACAGUUGAUCAGGAAUAUGAAGGAAUAUGA